GCGCGUUGCUUCAAAUACUAAUCACGAUCACGAUCACGAUCACCACCUCCACUCAGAAAGCGUUCAUCGGAUUUGCGAAGGCUUUGCGAUGGACCGACCUCGCCGAUUUCCUCAGGGAGCACUUGCAUUUGUGUUUCUGCUCCGCCGCCGCUUGCCCUUACGUGGUUCCAAAGCUCGCCGUGAAGCCUCUGCAGACUGCUCUGAAAAAAGAAGAAGCAUCUUGUUCUAUUUCAGAGGUGAGAGACGCGAGGAGGGUAAUAUUGUCAAUUAUUCACGUGUCCGUGUACUUUUUCAAAAGUCGGGGUUCAAUUGAAAUUUCGGAAACAUCAAGGGUCAAGUUCGUAAUUUGCAAAAGGUGCAUAGCCAAACCGGCCACAUUCUUUUAAUCUCUCGCUCUCUCUCUCAGUUCGCGAACAAUAGAGAAAGAGGGACCUAGGGUUCUUUCUGAUUUUCGCGACUACCCGAAGCUUCUCUCCGCCGCGACAGUCCUCGCCCGCUUCUCCGCAACGCCGUCACCUUCGACGCCAGGCGCCUUCUUCGCUCUCUUUUCCAGGGAGGAGGCAGUGGUGGUUGUGGUGGUGUUUUUUUUCCUCAAAUCAGUGGAGCUAGGUCAUAAUAAGAAAUUUAACAUGAGUUCAGACAGCAGGAGCCUAAGCAGGAGCAGGAGCAGGAGCCCUAAGGAUCGUAAGAUCCGUUCUGAUCGCUUUUCCUAUCGUGAUGCACCUUACAGGAGAGAUGGUCGUCGGGGUGGUGGUUUCAGCCGAGACAAUCUCUGCAAGAACUGCAAAAGACCUGGCCAUUUUGCUAGAGAAUGCCCUAAUGUUGCAAUUUGUCACAAUUGUGGUCUUCCCGGGCACAUUGCUUCGGAGUGUACCACAAAGUCACUAUGUUGGAAUUGCCGUGAACCUGGUCACAUGGCCAGUAACUGCCCGAAUGAAGGCAUCUGCCACACCUGUGGCAAGGCAGGACACCGUGCUAGAGACUGCACUGCUGCCCCAAUGCCACCUGGGGACUUAAGGUUGUGCAACAACUGCUACAAGCAGGGUCAUAUUGCAGUCGACUGCACAAAUGAGAAGGCAUGCAACAACUGUAGGAAGACAGGUCACCUGGCGCGUGAUUGCCCAAAUGAACCCAUCUGUAACAUGUGCAAUGUAUCUGGGCAUGUGGCCAGGCAGUGCCCCAGAGCCAAUGUUUUGGCAGAGAGGGGAGGAGGUGGUGGUGGUGGUGGUGGAGUUCGCGGCAGUAGCGGCGGUGGCUACCAUCGUGACAUUGUAUGUAGGAACUGCCAGCAACUUGGGCAUAUGAGCAGGGAUUGCAUGGGCCCCUUGAUGAUCUGUCAUAACUGUGGGGGGCGAGGACACCUGGCAUAUGAGUGCCCUUCUGGUAGGUUCAUGGAUCGCUACCCCAGGAGGUACUGAGUACUGACAAGUGGUAGAUCGUCUUCUGAUUGCAGUUUCCUUUUUAUCUUGAGGAAGAGUUUCAGGUUUUAGGUUUUAAGUUGAAGGUUGGAACUAGACCGUGAGGAGUUGAAUUGAUACGUUUUAGUAGAAUAUGUUUGUUUAUGUGGAGUAUUAAUUUUGCAUUAGAACGUAAUUGACCAUAUAUGAUUAUAAUUUUUGCAUUCUUCGGCUAUUACUACAAAUAAUUACUGUAUGCCAAUUAUUGGAGUUGCCUGAUGAUGAGUUGUCAAGUUUUCUGUUUA